ACCACCGGGUCGGAUGUUAGAGCAGCUCGGUGCGCUCUCAGGUUAGAAGAGAUUAUAUUCUCGUAACGUCGCGCCGAUCACGUAUCACACGCCAGUGGUAAUGCGAUUCGUCGCGGUCGAAUAAUAUUUAACGUAAUAAUAUUAUCAUAAUCAUAACAUUGUUGUAUCGGAAAGGAGCAGACACCCGACGGUGACGUUUCGACAGUUUCUGUAACGAGAGUUCGUAGCAGUGCGAGGGUAUUGUUGCUCGGACUCGGAAGAUCUUUAUGCAUUAUUUCAUCUAACCUUCAAUAAUAAAAUAAAGAUAUGCUUUAAAUAUCAGAUUACAAGAAUUUAACGUGAAACACACUCUUUAAACUAAAGGCCGUGUGCGAUGAACGAAUGAUUUUGUCGCGGCGUACGACUACUACGUCAGCAGUGCCAUCAUGUACAGCGUGGUAGCGCAUCAAAAUUACGGCCGAGAACGGCGGGACAACCGGCAACAGACGCAACAGCACCAGCACGGGUCGACGUCGCAACAGCACCACCACCACCAUCAUCACCAUCACAGCCACCACCACAACCAAAACCAUCAUCAUGGUCAGCAAGCGGGUGGCGCAGGAUCCGACGGCUGUGGCGGUGGAGGCGGUGGCGUGGGAACUAGUGGUGGCCCUUGCGGUGACGGUUCGUCGCGGCAACAAGCUCAACAACACCACCAUCACCAGGAAGGCAGGAAACGGUCGCAGAGGCACCGGAAUCUGUCGAUAACCGGACGUUUCUUGAACUACAUCAAGCGCAGGUUCAACCCGGUACAAGAAGAAGAUAUUGAUGAGUUCAAUAUACACGUAUCGAGGUACAGACCAGAAGAGUUAACAAAGCUCACAAAAAUCACCAAGUUCAAUAAAAAAGAAAUCCAACUAAUUUAUAGAGGUUUUAAACAGGAGUGUCCUACUGGUAUGGUAGAUGAAGAUUCGUUCAAGCACAUAUUUUCACAAUUUUUUCCCCAAGGUGAUGCCUCACAAUAUGCCCAAUAUGUGUUCAAUACAAUCAAGAGAAAUCAAACUGGAAAAAUUAGUUUCGAGGAUUUUUUGGCCAUAUUGUCCAAAGUUUCUCGAGGAAGUGUUCAAGAGAAACUUCAUUGGAUUUUUGGUUUGUACGAUCUCAAUAAAGACGGAGUUAUAACAAAAAAAGAAAUGCAAGACGUAGUACAUUCCAUUUAUAGCAUGCUAGGGAGACAUACUGACCCACAAGUAGAUGACCAAUCUGCAAAAGACCAUGUUGACCGAAUUUUUCAUUUAAUUGACAAAAACAAUGACGGUAAUGUGACAUUGGAUGAGUUGAUCGAAUGGUGCAGCCGGGACGAAGGAAUACUCCAGUCGCUAGAUACAUUGGACACUGUUUUGUGAAACGAGCCACGCUCGUCCGACGUGCGCGUAGGCACGAGAGACCGGGCGAGCCUAUUCAAUUGGUAGACAGACGAAAUAAACUUAUGUGGUGGCUGGUGACGAGAAAGAAUAAAAUUUAAAAAAAAAAAAAACAAAAAAACAAUAAACAAUAUCGAAAAACUCCGCUAGACGCCUGCCGUGAUCAUCGACCCCUUUUUGGCUUUUUGAAAGGAGAAACUUGUUGACGUAACUUAUUAAUAAAUUGUUGUAUAGUAUUUAAAUUGUAUCACUACUUUCUAUAUGUAUACUCAAUACUAAUUAUAAUAAUACUCAGUAAAUAAGACGAUAAAUGAGGGGAAUGUCACUAUCACAGCUAUCUCUAUACUUAUAAUAAAAGAACACUUGAUGAUGCACUUUUUUCAUAGGUUGUAAAACCAUUAUAUCAUAUAUGAGCUGCAGUUUGGCUACAAAAUGAGAAAUACUUGCGAAAAGCUGUUUUAUUAUUAUUUCUAAGUUGUUGACGUUAUAUUUUUAACAAUGAAUCCUGCACGGCCGUCGAUCGGAUAUAAUAUAUGAUGUACGCGGACCGGAAACAAUCGCAUCGUUAUAGUAAACAAUAAUAAUAUAUUAUUGUACUAUGCCACACACUACCGCCGGAAACGCAUCUAUCUGUAUAUCCAAUACCGUAUCUAACCAUAUUGGUUUACUAUUAUUGUUUUAUAGUUUUUCGCGGCUAAACACAACACGUAAUUAAAUAAGACCUAUAAUUAUUGGCUUAAAACAAAAUAUUAUUGUGUAUUUUUAUCGAUUUUUAGACGUUUACUAGAAUUUGCUGAAAUAAUAUUUAUUACAUAAGAUAAAAAAAAAAUGUUUUUAAAUAUAUUUCGUUCACAGUAAAUGUAGUUAUACAAUAUGGUAUUUGUAUCAUAAUUGUGAAGUUACUAUACUUAAUAUUAAAAUAAUUCUGUUCGCUACAGGGUAAUCUAAAAAUAGUGUCCAAUUUUUCUUCCUAUUGGAUACUUAAAUGUUUUCACGUUAUAAGUAAUUAUAAUUUAUUAUAAAUAUUAAAAUCGAACAAAUGAUUGUUUAAUACCUAAUUUUUCGACUUAAGUUCUACUAAUUUAUUUGUUUCUAUCGUAUUUACUGGUAUUUCGUUAUUAUUAUUGUUAUUUACUUAUAUUCAAUGACAAUACUAAUAAUUAUUAGAUAAUAGUGGUUUUUUUUUUUAAACCGUUUAAAUACAUUUAUUAUAAUAGUAAAUAAGCUAAUAGUUCAUACUUCUAAUGGCCUACAUUAAUAGGUUUCAAUUGUUUUAGUUGUUUUUCUUAUUGAUACUUGUUUCUUCUUUGAUACGUUUUACAAUUUUUACUUCAACUUGUGAAGAUCAAAAAAAAAGGUACAUAGAUACUGUUAUACAUAAUGUUUUUGAUAGUUCAUAUAUCGACCUAUAGAGUAUAGGUACAAUAUUUUUAUUAUUAUUCAUACAUAAAUUCGUUGAUCAAUUAAAAGAAAAAAUAAACCAUUUUAUAUAUUAUGUUAUCUUUAGUUGUUUACAUGAAACACAUAUCAAAAAUAAAACGCAGGUAAUGUGUAUUUUCAAUAGAUCCAAAACACAAUAUAUUUUAUGUAGUUAUGCAAUUAUUAAUUUAAUAGCAAUGUAUUUAUUUCAUGAUAAAUCAAAAUAUGCAAAACAAUACAAUUUGAUUUGAUUCAAUAAAAUUGUAUUAUUUUAUCUCUACAGUUUAAAUUAUAACGAUAUUAAAUUUACGAAAUAUCUUUAAUUAUCUAUAUCAAAACUAUUAUCGAAAUCGAACGAAACUACAACAACUAACAAUAUAUUUAAUUUACAAUACGAGUUAUUGUAGUAAUUAACGUCCGAUAAAUUUGUGUUUAUACGAAUUAAUGUAUAGUUUAAAAACAAAUUAAUGUCCAACUUAAUUUAUUGUUUACUUUGCCCAAUUCCUAUGUAUAACUAUUAACUAAAUGUCUAAGUAAUAAAGAAGUAUUAAAAUGACAUUGUGUUCGUUUAAAUAUAUAUAAUUACUAAUUCCAAACGCUAUAUUAAAAUAAAUAUAUUAAAUUAUUAUAUAUAAUAUUAUUAUGUUCUAUAUAACAGUGUUUCCCAACCUAGAGGGCGUGUACACAUUUCUGAGGAGGCACAAGCUGUCGUCAAAAAGUAAAAUAUGUAUUUAUUUAAUUAUAUAUUCAAUUUAUAGGAGGAGCAAGACUUAAGUCUCUAAAAAGGGCGUAGGAUAGAAGAGGUUGGGAACCACUGUUCUAUAAAUUCGUUUGUAAAAUAUUAUUAUUACAUAUUUAUAUCGGAAUAUGUAAAAUGUUCAUGUAGACUAUUGUUGCCUGUUGGAACUCUGUAUUAUAUUCAAUGAAAAUAAGUUGUGGUUGAAUUGAUAGUCGUCCAAUCAUAUUUUAUUAUUUAUAAUAAAUACUAUUUAAUUUAGUUUCUGAUUUAAUUGGUGUUUAAUUCGUUUAUUUAGCAAAUUUAGACACAACUUAUUUUUGAUGAUAUUUAUUUUGAAUUUUAAAAUUUAUCAUGAUAUAAAUUUAUUGUACCUAUAAUUAUAAUUAUUAUUAUUAUUAUUAUAUAUGCAUAAUGUACCUAUGCCUUUUGAAUAUGUGAUGUUCUAUUAUAUUUCGAUGAAAUUCAUUGUAAUUUAUUGUAAAUAAAAAUUAUCCCAUUACAAUUGGUAAUUUUCUAACAAUUAAUGAAUAUAUAAUUAUUAUAAAUUUUUGUUUGAAGAUUAAAAAUUCUAAUUUAAUUUUAAUUUUAAUAAUUAUGAAGACUUGAUUAUAAUACAUUUUAUAGUCUUGUAUGACCAUACUGGUCAAUGAUCAUUCGUCCGAAAAAUCAUCCAAUAUAAGAUAGACUCGACAAUUAUAUAA